UGAUCUGCCCAUGAAAACCUCUGCUUAGACUCACUCACCCAAGGCUGAGACGUGCAAGAGGGGAUUUGUUCCUCAGUGCCCUUACUCCUUGUAGAUGCACACAAGCACAUACAUUCUCACAGGGUGGCUGUAAGUUUGUUCAGUCUUCACCUGGAAACGCUGCAUUGAGUCCUGAGUGCCUGCAAAACUGCUCGCCCUGCAGAAUCACCCGAGUGAACUCGUGCCCAUUGUCCUGAGUCACUGGCCAAGCAGCACAGAGGAGGUGACAGCUGACACUGCUAUGGGAGGAAAUGCGAGUUCACAACGGAAAUUGCAGGAAAAGGGAAAAGGCCCAGGCUCCAACCGCCAGUGCCCCAGGAAAUCUGAGCUGAGGAUUGUUCUCGUUGGUAAAACUGGAUGUGGGAAAAGUGCAACAGGAAACACCAUCCUGGGGGAGAAUUAUUUUGCCUCUCAAAUUGCAGCUGAAUCAGUUACAAAGGAAUGUACUAAGGGGAUGAACAAGCGGGAUGGCAGAAACCUGGUAGUAGUUGAUACUCCUGGUCUGUUUGACACAAAAAUUCCCUUAGUAGAAACUAUGCAAGAGAUCGGGCACUGUGUGGUUGUCUCCUCCCCAGGUCCCCACGCCAUCGUUCUGGUCAUGCAGCUGGGGCGUUUCACUGAGGAGGAGAAGAAGACAGUUGCCCGAAUACAAGAUAUAUUUGGGGAAAAGGCCAUUCAAUACAUGAUCGUCUUGUUCACCAGAAAAGAUGAUUUACAGGGGGAGGAAUUUCAGCACUUUUUAGAAGCACUAGAUGACAAAAAGCUACAGCAGCUGCUGAAAAAAUGUGGAAGGCGCUGCUUGGCUUUUAACAACAAAGCAACAGGACAGGAGCAGGAGGCCCAGGUCUUACAGAUGAUGGGAAUGAUUGAUGUGAUGGUGAGGAAGAAUGGAGGUGCGCACUACACCAAUGACAUGUACAAGUAUGCUCAGGAGAAGCUUGAAGUGAAAAUGGAAGAACUCAGGAGAACCUACAAUAAGAAGAUGGAAAGGGAAGAAAAGGAAAAGAAAUCUCAACUGUAUGAGGAACAUAAGACGGUGGAUGAGGAAUUAAGGGAAAGAAUAGAGGAGUUAAAAAAAUGUGGCCCAGUUGAUCAGACCGUGUUGUCAUCCCUAGAACAAGAAACCCAAGAGAAGAAGGAAGCCAUUCAGCAAAAAAUGGAGAAAGAGCUACAGGAAAUUAGUGACCGCUAUCAGAAACAUCUAAAUAACCUCCGGGAAGAAGCUGACAAUGAUGUUUCUAUAAUAGAGUAUAUUUUACAGACAUUUGAAGUGAUAUUUUCUAAAAUCAACAGCUGGUUCAAAUAA